GGGAGGCUCCGCCCCGGCGGGGGCGGGGCCUGGGGCGGGGCCGCGGCCUCCGCGCGGGAAGUCCGGAGCCCCGCGCGCGGCUGCCGGAGCAUGAGCGUGGAGCGCGAGCUUCGCCAGCUGAGCAAGGCCAAGGCCAAGGCCCAGAGGAACGGGCAGCUGCGGGACGAGGCCGCCCUCUGCCACCAGCUGGGGGAGCUCCUGGCCAGCCAUGGACGCUACGCAGAGGCCCUGCGAGAGCACCAGCAUGAGCUCCAGCUCCUGGAGAGCGUCGACGACCCGCUGGGCUGCGCCGUGGCCCACCGCAAGAUCGGGGAGCGACUGGCCGAGCUGGAGGAUUACUCAGCCGCCCUGAAGCACCAGCAUCGCCAUUUGGAGCUGGCCCGUUCUCUGUCCAAUCACACUGAGGUGCAGAGGGCCUGGGCCACCAUUGGCCGCACCUACCUGGACAUCUAUGACCAUUGCCAGUCACAGGAUACCUUGCUGCAGGCACAGACUGCCUUUGAGAAGAGCUUGGCUAUUGUGGACGAGAAGCUGCAGGGGACGUUGGCCAAGCGAGAACUGAGUGAAAUGAGGACCCGACUCUACCUGAACUUGGGGCUCACUUUCGACAGCCUGCAGCAGGCGGCCCCCUGCGACGACUACUUCCGGAAGAGCAUCUUCCUCGCCGAGCAGAACCACCUCCUCGAGGAUCUGUUCCGCGCCCGCUACAACCUGGGUGCCGUCCACUGGCGCCGAGGGCAGCACUCCCAAGCCAUGCGCUGCCUGGAGGGGGCCCGAGAGUGUGCCCGCGUCCUGCGGAGGGAACGGAUGGAGAGCGAGUGCUGUGUGCUCAUCUCACAGAUCCUCCAAGACCUGGGGGAUUUUUUGGCUGCCAAGAGAGCCCUGAAGAAAGCCUACAGGCUGGGCUUCCAGACGCCUUUGCAGAAGGCGGCAGUCUGCCGGACCCUCAAAUACGUGCUGGCUGUGGUGCGGCUGCAGCAGCGGCUGCGGGAGGCCGAGGGCAGCGACCCCCAGGGCGCCAUGGGCAUCUGUGAGCAGCUGGGGGACCUGUUCUCCAAGGCGGGUGACUUCCCCAAGGCGGCUGAGGCCUACCAGAAGCAGCUGCACAUCGCAGAGCUGCUGGGCCGGCCAGGGCCUGAGCUGGCCGUCAUCCAUGUGUCCCUGGCCACCACCUUGGGAGACAUGAAGGACCACCACCGGGCCGUGUCCCACUACGAGCAGGAGCUGAGACUGCGCGGUGGGGACGCUCUGGAGGAGGCCCAGACCUGGUUAAACAUCGCGCUGUCCCGGGAGGAGGCCGGAGACGCCUACGAGCAGCUGGCCCCAUGCUUCCAGAAGGCUCUCAGCUGCGCCCAGCAGGCCCAGCGGCCCCAGCUCCAGAGGCAGAUCUUACAGCACCUCCAUGCCGUGCAGCUGAGGCUGCGGCCCCAGGCGGCCCCGGCCACCGCGGCCAGCCUGCAGGAGCUGAGCGCGCCCAGAGAGCAGGAGGAGGACGAGGAGGAGGAGGAAGAGGAGGACGAGGCCACUCCCGAGCUCAGUGACGUGGAGCUCUCAGAGAGCGAGGGCGAUGCCGAGAGCGGGUCCCAGCGGCUGGAGGAGGAUGAGGAGUUGCAGGGCUGUUUGGGCCCGCCGAGGGUGAACAAGUGGAACCGACGCAAUGACGUUGGGGAGACUCUGCUGCACCGCGCUUGCAUCGAGGGCCGUCUGGGUCGUGUCCAGGACCUCGUAAGACAGGGCCACCCUCUGAACCCUCGGGACUACUGUGGCUGGACACCCCUGCACGAGGCCUGCAACUAUGGGCAUGUGGACAUCGUGCGCUUCCUGCUGGAUCACGGGGCUCGGGUUGAUGACCCGGGCGGCCCGGGCUGUGAGGGCAUCACUCCCCUUCAUGACGCCCUCCACUGCGGUCACUUUGAGGUGGCCCAACUCCUCAUCGAACGGGGAGCGUCUGUCACGCUCCGAACCGCAAAGCUGGCGGCCAUGCAGGGGCACAGCCCACGGGAGACGCUGCAGCAGUGGGUGAAGCUGUACAGCAAGGAUCUGGACAGCGAGACCCGAGCGAAGGCCGCUGCCAUGGAGCAGCUUCUCCGAGUGGCCUCCUCAGGCCAAGCUCCCCACAGUUCUGCGGCCCCCCACACCUCUCCUCGGAACCAUCUGUUCGACCCUGAGCUCUCUCCUCCCUUGAGCCCCGGCCUGGAACCCUCAGAGCACUCUCAGGCCCAUGCCAGGGUUUCCCCAGGGCACACAGUUCCAGCUGUGGCCAGGCCUCGGAGGAGCAGGCCCAAGCUGGCCAGCAGCAGCAGCUCGGAGGGCGAGGACUCCCCGGGACCCUGCCGGCCCGUCCACAAGAGGCCCCGACAUCGUGUGCCCAUACAGCAGGCCAAAGCUGGGGUGCCUGGCUACCCCAGCGGCAGCGAGGCAGUGGCAGCAAGUGCUGCCCGGGCAGCCAUCCGAGAUGUGGCUGGUGCCCAGAUCUGCCGCCCUGGGCCCAGCCUACUGCGGGGCCCAGGGGAGCCCACCACGCCCCGGGCGGCGCUCAUCCCGGAGGAGGAGUGUCUAGCCGGGGACUGGCUGGAGGACGACUCCCCGUUGACCCGCAGCCGCCAGGAUGGCUCUCGGCCCCACCCCCAGGGCAGUGGGAACAGCCCCGGUCCCCGUGGCUCGGGCUCGGGCCGCAGUAAGAGCCCUGACGGGCUCCGGGCCCGGGCCAGGCAGAGCCGGCUGCCCCGUCUCAGGAGCUGGAACGCACCAGGCGGGGCAGGGGGAGAUGGCAGCCCAGCGGCAGAGCCUCCACGGAGCCCUGACCUCUCCAGGACCUCAGGGCCCAGUGGGGACAGCCCAGCGACAGGCCAGCCCCCGGGUCCAUCUCUGCCCCCUCCCAUCCGCGUGCGAGUGCGCGUGCAGGACAGCCUGUUCCUCAUCCCCGUCCCGCAUGGCAGCGGGGAGACCCACUCUGUGGCCUGGCUAACCGAGCAGGCUGCCCAGCGCUACUGCCAGGCCUGUGGGCUGCUGCCAAGGCUCGUCUUGCGAAAGGAGGGAGCCUUGCUGGCCCCGCAGGACCCCAUACCUGAUGUGCUGCAGAGCAACGAGGAGGUAUUGGCGGAAGUCACUUCAUGGGACCUCCCCCCACUGACUGAUCGCUACCGCAGGGCUUGCCGGAGCCUGGAACAAGAGGAGCACCCACAGGUGCUGCAGGCUAUGGACCUCCAGGGCUCCGGCCCCUCAUUCAGCGUGGGCUCCCUGGCCCUGCGUCAGACCCAGCUCACCCCGCUGCUGCGGGCCCUCAAGCUUCACACGGCGCUCCGGGAGCUGCACCUGGCAGGGAACCGGCUGGGGGACGGAUGUGCCGCCGAGCUGCUGGCUGCCCUGGGCACCAUGCCCAGCCUGAUGCUCCUGGAUCUGUCCUCCAAUCACCUGGGAUCCGAAGGCCUGCGCCAGCUUGCCGCAGGCCUCCAGGGGCAGACCAUCUUGCAGAACUUGCAGGAGCUGGACUUAAGCAUGAACCCCCUUGGGGACGGCUGUGGCUGGGCCCUGGCAUCCAUCCUGCAGGGCUGCCCCUCACUCAGUACCUUGCAUCUCCAGGCCUGUGGCUUCGGCCCCAGCUUCUUCCUGAGCCACCAGGCAGCCCUAGGUAGUGCCUUCCAAGAUGCCAAGCACCUGAAGACACUGUCUCUGUCCUACAACAUCCUGGGUCCCGACGCCCUGGCCCACGCCCUGCAGAACCUGCCUGCCCAUACCCUCCAGCGCCUGGAGCUGAGCUCUGUGGCAGCCGACAAGAGUGACUCGGGCCUCGUGGAGCCGGUGGUCAGAUACCUGGCCAAGGAAGGCUGCACUCUAGCUCACCUGAGCCUGUCUGCAAACCAUCUGGACGACAAGGCAGUGAGAGACCUGAGCAGGCUGUGCUGUCCAGGGCCCCCUGCGCCUGGGCCUCUGGCGCGAGAUCACCGCACGGGUGCAGGAGCUGGAGCUGUGCAGCCGCCGCCUCUCCCCCGACGACCGGGCCGCCCUGCGCCAGCUGCCGCCCGGCCGGCCGGGCCCCGGCGCGUGCACACUGGACCGAGGGUCCAAGCUCUUCUUCAGGCGCCUGUGACCCCGGGGGCGCUGCCCGGCCCCCUCCCCUCAACGCCUCAAAUAAACGGACGCUGCUGCUGCCCCUGUUGCUGCCUGAAAGACGGGUGGGGGGCGGAAGGCGGGGUUCGUUUUGCGGCAGGGACGGGAGGGCAGCUCCGGGCACUCGGAGGCCGCGGGGGCACGAAGCCCGCCUCCCCCUGCCCGAGCCCCUCCCCGCAGGGGGCGGGGCCCAGCCGGUGGGGACGCGCAUGCGCGCUCGUCGACUGGGGGGAGGUGCGCUCAGACGCAGACCUUGGGGAUCGAGCGCAGAUUGCCGGGGCUGGGUGGGGGAGGCGGGCCGUGCGUGCGCAGGCGCAGGCGUACAAGGGAGCGCCGAGCGGUCGAUCCGGGGCGCGCACCGCGGCGCCGUGUCCCCGACCGGCCGAGUCGGCCCAGGUCUUUGCUGUGGCCACCGGAGCCUGCAGGAUGUUUCACGGGAUCCCAGCCACUCCGGGCAUCGGAGCGCCUGGAAACAAGCCGGAGCUCUACGAGGAAGUGAAGCUGUACAAGAAUGCCCGGGAGCGGGAGAAGUACGACAACAUGGCCGAGCUGUUCGCCGUAGUGAAGACGGUGCAGGCCCUGGAGAAGGCCUACAUCAAGGACUGCGUCACCCCCAACGAAUACACCGCCGCGUGUUCCCGGCUCUUGGUCCAGUACAAAGCCGCCUUCCGGCAGGUUCAAGGCGCAGAAAUCAGCUCCAUUGAUGAAUUCUGCCGCAAGUUCCGUCUGGACUGCCCGCUCGCCAUGGAGAGGAUCCGGGAGGACCGACCCAUCACCAUUAAAGACGACAAGGGCAACUUGAACCGCUGCAUCGCCGACGUGGUCUCGCUCUUCAUCACGGUGAUGGACAAGCUGCGCCUGGAGAUCCGUGCCAUGGACGAGAUCCAGCCUGACCUGCGGGAGCUGAUGGAGACCAUGCAUCGUAUGAGCCACCUGCCCCCGGACUUCGAGGGCCGCCAGACUGUGAGCCAGUGGCUGCAGACCCUGAGUGGCAUGUCGGCCUCCGACGAGCUGGACGAUUCCCAGGUGCGCCAGAUGCUCUUCGACCUGGAGUCAGCCUACAACGCCUUCAACCGCUUCCUGCACGCCUGAGCCGCCCGGCCCGGGGUCCCCGGGAGGGCGCUGCAGCGCGCCGCGUCUGUCCCCCGGAUAGUCCUCCUGUGUCUUGCCACCCAGAGUGGCUCCAUCUGGGUGCCCGUCCCUGGUGUCUCAACCCACCCUCCCCACAAUAAAGACCCUUUCUGACCGCC